AUGGAUCGGUUUGAUCCAUUUUCCUCCUCGGACGACCGCAGACUUUGGCUGGGCAAUCUGGACUGUCGCAUUACUGAGUAUCAACUACUGAAAAUCGUGCAAAAAUACGGGAAAAUUGAAAAGUUCGACAUGCUGUUUCACCGAUCCGGGUCGCUAGCGGGCUACCCGCGGGGCUACGCAUUUGUGACGUAUGAAAACCACCGAGAUUCAGAGGCCGCCCUGAACCGACUCGACGGAAAGCUGAUUGGCGAGAAAACGAUCGUCGUGCGAUGGGCGAAGCAGGUGAACCGCGAUGAAGCUGACAGGAACAAACCAAAGCUGGAGAUCCCGUGUCUGGCCGGUGGCUCGAAAGGCGGUGCCAAUGGACCCGUCAGUCAGCAGACAAAAAUACAAGCGCUCGAGGCGAAGCUCAAAAUGCUGGAGAGCCGUUCGGACGAUCUGGUGAUCAACCGAACGGCGACGAGCGAGCGGCCCAUCAUCGAACGCUAUCAGUACAACAUCAAUCAACCUCAGCGGCUGGAUCAGAAGAUGAAACGGUCGCACCACUCGGGUGGUGGGCGCGGUGGCCAUCGUAGCGGCCCGUACCGAAGUUCAAAUCGACACUAG